GACGGAGAGAGAGAAAGAAAGAAAGAAAGAAAGAAAGAGAAGGAAAAAGAAGGGAAAGAGAAGGAAAAAGAAGGGAAAGAGAGAGAGUCUUUCUUUCUGUUUUUGCCUAAAACCCCUGUCCUCUCUCUAUCUCUCUGUUUCUCUCUCUAGAAUCUCUCCUUUCUUCAGUUUUCUAUCUCUAGAAUUUGUUCUUUCCCUUCCUCAUUGAUCUGCAAACCCGAGCUAGCUCUCUCUCUCUCUCACCCCUGACAAGGGUAAUUUUGUCUUUAUAUUGUCAUUGACAUGGAUGAGCCUCUGGGUUUCAGGAAUUUGUGAAUUUCAAUCUGGGGUUUCUGCAAAUCGGGCCUUUGAAGGAGAUAUUGGCCAUAAUCCCACAGGGAAGACGAAGAUUUGGGUUUUCUUUUAGGUGGGUAUGUACCAACUCUAAUUUGUUUUGGGUUGAAACUGGUGAGAGAUGACGAGGGGAAGGAUAAGGGCUAAGCUCCGGCAGAGCAACUUGUACACAUUCAAUUGCCUCCGGCCAAGUGCCACUGCGACAGAUGGCCCGCUUCCAAUCCCAGGUCCCGGCUACUCAAGAACUAUUUUUUGUAAUCAACCUCUUCUCCAUCGAAAGAAACCUUUGAAAUAUUGCUCUAAUUUUAUAUCAACCACCAAGUACAAUCCCAUUACGUUCUUGCCCAAAGCGCUUUUCGAACAGUUUAGACGGGUUGCCAAUGUUUAUUUCCUUUUGGCUGCUAUUAUCUCUCUCACGGCCGUUUCUCCAUUCUCUCCAGUGAGCAUGAUUGCUCCUUUGGCCUUUGUUGUUGGGCUUAGUAUGGCAAAGGAAGCUUUGGAAGAUUGGCGUAGAUUCUUGCAGGAUAUGAAGGUCAAUCUUCGGAAAGUGAGUGUUCAUAAAGGAGGUGGUGUUUUCGGUUACAGGCCCUGGCAUAAGAUUUCAGUUGGAGAUGUGGUGAAGGUUGAAAAGGAUCAGUUCUUUCCUGCAGAUUUACUUCUCUUGUCCUCAAGUUACGAAGAUGGCAUUUGCUACGUGGAGACUAUGAACUUAGAUGGUGAGACAAAUUUGAAGGUAAAGAGAUGUUUGGAAGCAACUUUACCUGUGGAUGAUGAUGAGUCUUUUAAAGAUUUCAAAGGUACAAUCCAAUGUGAAGACCCAAACCCCAAUCUCUACUCCUUUGUGGGUAAUCUUGAUCUUGACCGUCAGGUUUUUCCUCUUGAUCCUAGUCAGAUUCUCCUCAGAGACUCGAAGCUGAGGAAUACAGCUUAUGUGUAUGGGGUGGUGAUAUUUACUGGUCAUGAUAGCAAAGUCAUGCAGAAUGCAACGAAGUCGCCUUCAAAAAGAAGCGGAAUAGAAAAAAAAAUGGAUUAUAUAAUAUACCUCCUUUUCAGCAUGCUUGUGUUUAUCUCUUUGGUGAGCUCAUUUGGUUUUGCUGUAAAGACAAAGUACCACACGCCUGAUGCAUGGUACUUGCAACCAACGGUAGCUGAAGAUAUGUAUAAUCCGAAAAAAGCUGGCUUGGCUGGACUUAUUCAUCUAGUUACCGCUCUCAUCCUUUAUGGAUAUUUGAUACCUAUCUCUCUUUAUGUUUCAAUUGAGCUUGUGAAGGUUUUGCAAGCUACCUUCAUUAACCAAGACAUUCACAUGUAUUGCGAAGAGACUGGCAAUCCUGCUCAAGCACGGACAUCAAAUUUAAAUGAGGAAUUGGGCCAGGUUGACACCAUCCUCUCUGAUAAAACGGGCACUUUGACCUGCAAUCAGAUGGACUUUCUAAAGUGUUCCAUUGCUGGUUGUCCGUAUGGCGUACGCUCAAGUGAAGUUGAACUUGCUGCAGCAAAACAGAUGGCCAUUGAUCUCAGCAGCGAGCAUGAAGAUGAGUUUUCCAAUUUUCCUAUGCCGAAAAAUAGUGCACCUAGUUCAUGGGAUAAUAAGAUGGAUUCAGAAAUAGAGCUGGAGAAUGUUGUUACUUCCAGCUACGAAAAGGACCAUAAACCCGCCAUAAAGGGAUUUAGCUUUGAAGACAGCCGCCUUAUGAAUGGAAAUUGGUUGAAGGAGCCAAAUGCUGAUGCCAUAUUAUUGUUUUUCCGAAUAUUAGGAGUUUGCCACACUGCAAUUCCUGAUCUAAACGAAGAGACUGGUGUUUUAACAUAUGAAGCAGAGUCACCCGAUGAAGGAGCUUUUCUUGUUGCAGCAAGAGAAUUUGGUUUCGAGUUCUGUAAAAGAACUCAGUCCAGUGUGUUUGUCCGGGAAAAGUAUCCCUCUUCCGUUGAAAGGGAGUACAAAAUUCUGGGUAUGCUGGAUUUCACCAGCAAAAGGAAGCGAAUGUCAGUUAUUGUGCGGGAUGAAGAUGGACAAAUAUUUCUUCUAUGCAAAGGUGCUGACAGCAUUAUCUUUGAGCGGCUAUCAAAGAAUGGUAAAAUGUAUGAAGAAAUGACUUCUAAACAUUUGAAUGAAUAUGGAGAAGCUGGGUUGCGUACAUUGGCACUUGCUUACAGAAAGCUGGAGGAGUCUGAGUACAAUGCUUGGAACAAUGAAUUUCAGAAAGCAAAAGCAUCCAUGGGGGCUGAUAGAGAGACGGUGCUUGAACAAGUAUCGGAUCUGAUUGAGAGAGAGUUGAUUCUUGUUGGUGCUACUGCUGUCGAAGACAAAUUGCAAAAAGGAGUGCCCCAGUGCAUUGAUAAACUUGCACAAGCUGGUCUCAAACUUUGGGUUCUUACAGGAGAUAAGAUGGAAACUGCAAUAAACAUAGGGUAUGCAUGUAGUUUACUGCGACAAGGCAUGAAGAGGAUCUGUAUAACAACAGCAACCUCAGACAUAUUAGCCCCAGAUACCAAAGAGACCUUUUUGUUGUUUGCCAAUGAACAGGCUGUGAAAGAGAACAUUCUAAAUCAAAUCACUAAUGCCUCGAGGAUGGUCAAGUUAGAGAAAGAUCCUCAUGCUGCAUUUGCACUAAUUAUUGAUGGGAAAACUUUAAGCUACGCUUUAGAAGAUGAUAUAAAGCUUCUUUUCUUGGGAUUAGCAGUUGACUGUGCAUCAGUUAUAUGCUGUCGUGUUUCUCCUAGACAAAAGGCAAUGGUGACAAGGUUGGUAAAAGAAGGAACUGGAAAAACCACCUUAGCAAUCGGUGAUGGUGCAAAUGAUGUUGGGAUGAUUCAAGAAGCUGAUAUUGGUGUUGGGAUCAGUGGGGUUGAAGGUAUGCAGGCUGUAAUGGCUAGUGACUUCUCUAUCGCCCAGUUUCGAUUCUUGGAGAGACUUUUGGUUGUUCAUGGACACUGGUGCUACAAGAGGAUUGCUCAAAUGAUUUGCUAUUUCUUCUACAAAAAUAUCGCAUUUGGUCUCACCCUGUUCUACUUCGAGGCAUUUACGGGCUUCUCUGGGCAAUCAAUAUAUGAUGACUGGUACAUGCUAUCGUUCAAUGUCAUUCUUACCUCAUUGCCGGUCAUUUCACUUGGAGUAUUUGAACAAGAUGUGUCUUCUGAGGUCUGCCUACAGUUCCCCGCUCUGUAUCAGCAAGGACCAAAAAACUUGUUCUUCGACUGGUACAGAAUAUUGGGGUGGAUGGGCAACGGUGUCUAUUCCUCUCUCAUAAUCUUUUUCCUCAACAUUAUCAUCUUCUAUGACCAAGCUUUUCGUCCUGGAGGCCAGACGGCCGACAUGUCUGUCAUGGGAACUGCCAUGUUCACUUGCAUCAUAUGGGCUGUCAACUGCCAAAUUGCACUCACAAUGAGUCACUUUACAUGGAUCCAACACCUCUUGGUCUGGGGCAGCAUAGCAAUGUGGUAUCUGUUUCUCUUGCUUUAUGGCAUGAUGUCUCCGAUUUACUCUGGCAAUGCAUUCAAGAUUUUGAUUGAAGCUCUUGGCCCUGCACCUAUUUUUUGGUCAUCCACCCUCUUAGUAACAGCUGCUUGUAAUCUCCCUUACCUGGCUCACAUAUCCUUCCAAAGAUGUUUCAAUCCCAUGGAUCACCAUAUUAUCCAAGAAAUCAAAUACUACAAGAAAGAUGUUGAGGAUCAACGCAUGUGGACAAGAGAACGAUCGAAAGCAAGACAAGAAACUAAGAUCGGAUUCACAGCAAGGGUGGAUGCCAAAAUCAGACAAUUGAGAGGGAGGCUGCAGAAGAAGCAGACAUCCAUCAUCAUUCAAAAUGCAGCAGAGUCCACGUUGUGACACAUUUAUCAAUUUUGAUUUAUUAUUUUUUUCAUUUAAUUUUUCUUAGGCUUUGUCACAGUUUGCAGUCUUAUAUAGGAGCCUCUCUUUCUGUUUCUUUCUUGGCAUUUGAUUAUUCAGUUAAGUGGGGUUGGUUAAAGUCCCAUUCACAAUAGAGAGAAAAACGUUGGAGUUGUUGUAUUUACUAUGUACAAUAUCUUACAAAUUUGAAGAGUUAACAACUUGUGAAAUAUAGAUGAUACCUAUCCACA